GUGAACCAAGAAUUGCUAAUGGUCUUUGAGGAAGGGGCAACUCGCCAAGAAAGUUGACCUUCAGAUGUAUCGGGACUUCCUUCACGCUACCAGUUUCUGCAGAUGUGUAGAAGAUAACGUCCUCGUAACUCCAGACCAAAGUGGGUCCAUGCAAAAUCAAGACAUUGUUGCCCAUUUCAUAAGCAGUGCUGCAAUGAACAAUGCUGACUGCUCUGGAGGUGUUUUCACACAUGGGGAUUAUUUCAUCGUCUUUGUUUAAGAAGGUGCCCGAGCCCCGGUUAAACGACAUCCGCCAGAACGUGAUCUCAGAGCCUUUUGAACUUGGAUGCUUGCACUGAAAAAUGAAGAGGUCACCAUGCAAUGCGACCAUAUGGAUAUGCUGAUCUGAGACCAUCUUUGUUACUGAAGGGUUCUAAAGGACUGAGUUGCUGUUCUAGUUAAAAGCAACAGUUGGGACAGAGUUUGUGACUAGACACUGACAGAAGUUCCUGCAAGUCUCAACAGAUACAUCAACAGCAGUAAAACAUGCCCAAGGACAUACGACUUCACAAAGGGAGCUGUGAUAGAAACUGGGACAAGCUGCGUUAUUUCAUCUUCAAGAGAGCGACAUAAAAGAGACGGUUCUGUCUUAGUUAAAACUGAAUUCACUCCAAUCUGGCAACCCGGAUGUGACAGUCAGCUCAAACAAACAUGGCGGACGCUGGACAGCGUGAACCAGAGCAGGAUUUGGAGGUCAAGAUUCAGGAAACGCGUCAGAGGUUUAAAAAUGAGUUCGUUCAAGAUUCCACGCAGAAGUAUGACAUCAGAGACGUGGAGCGACUCCUUAAAGACGACUUGCUGGUUGAAAACUACCUCACUUGGAGGCAGUUCAUCAUGGAUGAUACACUAAAGAUGAUCGACGAGAGUUUUCAGUGGAGAAAAGAGUUUAAUUUGAAUGAUUUGACUGAAAGCAGUAUUCCGAGCUGGAUGUUUAACACUGGAGCUGUUUAUCUUCAUGGCUAUGACAAAGAAGGCAACAAACUCUUCUGGUUCAGAGUGAAGCUUCACAUUAAAGACACCAAGACAGUUCUGGACAAAAAGAGAUAUGUGGCUUUCUGGCUGGAGCGCUACGUGAAGCGUGAACCCGGAAUGCCUUUAACAGUCGUCUUCGACAUGACUGACUCCGGCAUCAGCAACAUUGAUAUGGACUUUGUGAAAUACAUCAUUAACUGCUUCAAAGUUUACUAUCCCAAAUCUCUGUCCAAAAUGAUCUUGUAUGAGAUGCCUUGGAUUAUGAAUGCUGCGUGGAAGAUUGUUAAGACGUGGCUCGGCCCAGAGGCGAUCAGCAAGCUGAAAUUCGUCUCCAAAAGUGAAGUCCAGACAUAUAUCGAUGCCGAGCAUCUUCCUCCACACAUGGGUGGAACAGACCAGUUUAAAUACAGCUAUCCACCACUUCCGGAUGAUGACUUCCAGUCUCCGAUUUGUGAGAACGGACCAAUCGUUAGUGAGGAUGAAGGCGAGAUAAAGGACAUAGAGCCAGAGUGUAAAGAGAGUCUGGACUCCAGCUUUAACAUGGAACAAGCCAUCAAGCCCAAAAAGGUGAAUUUUGCAGAAGAAUCAGACAAAACCGAAGGUUUGAGUCGACUCAGAGGAGCUAGGAAACCUUUGACCACUUUUAAGGGCACUUUGCUGCACAUCAGUCCAGCUGAGGAACUCAGUUUUGGCUCCAGAGAAACAGAGAAAAAAUGUCUCAUCAUCCUGAACAACAUCACCAAAAACCAAGUGGCCUUUAAGGUACGAACAACAGCACCAGAAAAAUACCGUGUGAAGCCAAGCAGUAGCACCUGUGAGCCUGGAGCUAACGUGGACAUUUUAGUUUCAUUACAUGGAGGCUUCCAGGCAUCUCCUCAGGACCGUUUCUUGGUCAUGGCGGCUGAAAUGGAGCCAAACGCUGGAACUUCUGAUCUUUCUCAGUUCUGGAAAGAAGUAUUGAGAUCAAAAAUCAUGGAGCACAGGCUUCGGUGUCAUGUUCUUGAGCCUCCUAAACCUAUUUUGAGCAAUUCAAAUGAAGCCAUUUCUGUCACGUCUAACAACACACAUGAUCUACAAACAGCACUAACACGGAUUAUGGUUGCUAAUUCCCGUCUGGAACAGAAACUGGAGAUGUGCUUAUGGAUGCAGAAGGUUCUUCUCCUCAUGGUUUCAUUCCUGAUGGCUUUCAGUUUCUCCAGCAUAUAUUCACUGUGGACCUCGUAGACUGGACGAAUUAUGAGUAAAUAAAUAAAAUACAAGACCAGUAAGCUGCUGAGGAUCAGAGGACCCAUAUGACAUCAUCGGCUGAUGGGGCUUGAUGCCUGUGACCUAACUGAGCGGAGAUCAAGACUUUAUUACUUGCAUAUUAGUAAUAAUGUUAUUAAUAAUGUAUUUUUUAUGACCUAUGAAAUUUUUAAUUUAUAACAGAUGGUGUGUCACUUGUAAUUAUUAAGCAACAUAAUUUUAUGGUCAAUUAUAUAAAUCAAACAAAGCAGGUUUAUAUAAAAAAAUAAAUUUUUUGUUAACUGCCAUAGCGUGUUUUGUGAGGUGCAAUUCAUAUUUCAUAUAUUAGAAAAUGUAGGCAAACAUACUUUAUAACAAAUAAAGUAUUUGGGACAUGAUCCUACAUCCCCAUUGUGAAGCACGGUGGUGGCAACAUUGUGUUGAGAGUUCCCCUUGCCCUCUUGUUUGCUACUCUGAUUAAUUCCCUUUUUAUAUGCGUUUUAUUCUGUAUAAAUAGAAAUGGUUAUACUUGUCCUUAAGUAAGAGACACUUCUUAACUGGUGCGCAUUUGUCUUUGAGAACUAUGGAUUCAUUUUUCUGGGACCAAGGACCAUGAUGGGUUGAAGUCUGGCAUCAUUUGGUGCAUGAAACAAUAAAAUAAUUACCGAA